AUGGCCCUCCUCCACAGCGUACUGGUCGGCUCCAUGGCGCUCUACCUCUUCCUGUUCUCUGACGUCAUCACGCCAACCGUCAUCAGGCAGGAAGUUCCGCUGUUAAAGCUGUCUGUGUGUGUCCUGGUGGGCUACACGAUGGCAGACACGGUGGUUCUUGCAUCUAAUCCGACCGAGGACGUCUCCCAUUGGUCCAUGUUCGUGCAUCACGUGAUCUGCCUCUACACCGGACACGCCGCCGCCGCUUCAGCCGAGUUGCCCUACUACCAACUGCAGUGGAUCCUAAUGGAGCUUGCUAACCCAUUUAACAACCUGCGGUUGAUAUUAAAGGAACUUGGUCAGAAAACGUCCACCCUCUACCAAGUGAAUGGACUCGUCCUUCUGGCGAUGUUCUUCCUGACCAGAGUCGCACCCAUCCCCUUCUUCUGGUAUCACCUGACCUCUAUCAUCCAAUCAGAGGACUUCUCCGGGGUGACCUUCAGUAUGAAGGUCGUGGCGUUGGUUCUAUCUCCCACGAUGCACUGCUUGAACCUUUUCUGGUUUUACAGGAUAUACAGAGGAGUGAUAAAAUACUUCUUCGGAAACAAAGACAAGAAAAAUCAAACGUAAAGUCAAAAGGUAACGUUAACAGGCACCAAAGUAUGAAAGUGUUAGAGGUUCUUUUUUGCCAUCGCAAUCAACUGUAAAAGAAUUCAAUACUAUAAUAGAAUGAUACAUGAAAUUAAAAAAAAAAAGCAUUAAAGAUGCAACGAGUAUCAUCGAAUAAUCAUUUAUGUAAGAUAGAAACUUUAUAUAUGAGAUAUUGAAUUUAUUACAGUGGCUUAUGAAAUGGCUUUCCGUGGCACUUUGAAACAUCUAAAUAGAGGCGGUUGCUCAUACAUAAAUAUCUAUUUAAAGACGGUUCGAUGUUGGGAUAUAUUUGCUACGGAGAACUGUUCUAAUGAAUUGUCUAUGGUAGAGUGGACUCAUUCCUCAGCUAACCGACAUCUAUCGCACCGCAGUUAUUCCUUAGUAAAACAUCUGGAGCCGCAUAGUUUAGAUUUCUUAUUCAGCCUGCCAAACCGGUUUUGUUGCAUACAACUUCUUCAGUGGCUGUUCUAAAAUAAUUUGCGGUAAAGAGGAAGAUUACUUUGUGCAAAAUU